UCGUGUCCUCCCACAAUGGAUUGCAUUGCAACACUUGCAAUACGUCAUUCACUAGCACCUCGCAUUCGAUUGUGUAUCACGCCAGCUGUGUCUGCAUCUGUAUGCGUAAAAUUGGAAUGGAGAAAGGAGUCCAUUAGGAUUAAUGUAAUACGGCUCGCAUGGCCAACAAUAUGACUAAUAUAUAAUGUGGAGUCGCUCGGGACUCGGAGACAAUAGAAGAUUAGAGGAACAUUAUCAAUCCUCUUGCAGUUGUCGUUUGUUGAACAUGGUCUACACGGGAUUCGGUAUACAAGUGGCACGUGAUUAAAUUCAAAACUAGUAUUAUUCAUACUAGUUGCUGUCAAAAUGUGAAGAUUUAUUAUCUUCCAAGCACGAGGGAUAUCAUUAAUCGACGACUUCGUGGAUUUCUUUGUAUAAUUUAUAUCAUCAUGUCGUAUUCUAUCAAUAGACGACCGUUGUUAGGAGGAGCGUCUGACAGUGAAUUCGAAGAUGAUUUAGAAACGGAAGUUGACGACCCAACUGUUUCUGUCCCAGAUGAGAAACCAUUUUUAAAACAACACGAACCUCGCGAUAGGUAUAAUCUUGCAUAUAUAGUCUUUUAUUUACUUGGCAUAAACACAUUGAUACCAUGGAGUUUUUUUAUUACUGCUGACGAUUAUUGGAUGUACAAAUUUAGAGAAAUAUCAGAAAAUUCAACGAAUCACAUGAACUACACUCAUGUAGAAAAUUUGGAAAAAAGAACUGACUUACAAGCCAGCUUUACAUCAUACUUAAGUGUGGCAAGUGCGUUUCCAAACACACUAUUCUUAAUUAUAAAUGCAUUUAUUAGUAAAAGAAUUCCACUGACAAUACGAAUGGUUGGGUCCCAGUGCACAAUACUCUUACUCUUCAUUAUGACAACAGCAUUUGUGAAGAUAAACACAGAUAUGUGGCAAAAUACAUUUUUAACAAUUACCUUGACCACAGUGGCAUUUGUGAAUGCUGCAAGUGCAAUAUUUGGAGGUAGCUUAAUGGGAAUUGUUGGUCGUUUUUCCCCAAAGUAUAUAACUGCUAUGCAAAGUGGCCAAGCUCUAGGAGGAAUUUUUACAGCCAUAGCAGAGAUAUGCUCAUUGUGGAUUGGUGCUAGUCCUAUACUCUCAGGAUUAGUUUAUUUCAUCAUUGGAGACAUAAUUUUGUUUCUAUCUUUGGUGGCAUACAUUAUUUUAGAAAAAGCUGCAUUUUUCAAACAUCAUAUGUUGGAAAAAUCUGCUGGGGCAAUAGAAAGAAAUUAUACUGUCACUGGAGAAGUGGCUUUUCCUCAAGGCACUACAAUUUCUUAUAUCCGUAUUUUAAAAAGAAUUUGGCCAUAUGGUGUUAGUUUAUUUUUGGUAUUCUUUAUAUCUCUGUCUGUAUAUCCAGCUGUUACUGUGUUAGUGGAAAGUCAGUACAAAGGAAAGGGUCAUGCGUGGAAUGAUAUUUAUUUUGUUCCUGUGGUGACUUACCUGAUUUUUAGUAUGGGCGACUAUGCUGGCAGAGUAUUGUCUGGCAUUCUUCAAUGGCCAAAGAAUAAACCGUGGGUUGUCAUGUUGUUAAGUUUCAUAAGGGCACUCUUGGUACCUCCCCUUAUGUUCUGUAAUGCGCAACCAAGACAUCAUCUUCCUGUUUACAUUAAGAACGACUUCUCUUAUAUUUUAUUAACUGUAGCAUUCGCCAUUAGUAAUGGCUAUCUGUGCAAUCUAACAUUUAUUUUAACUCCUGCGGUUGUAGAAUCUCAAGAAAAAGAGAUUGCAUCUGCUAUGAUGGGAGCUUUCCUUGGAUUAGGAUUAACAUCAGGUGCUACACUCAGUUUAGUCAUGGUGAAAACACUUUAAUCUGCAGUAUUAAACGAAUAAAUACUACUAAAGCGUCGAUCUCACUGCCGAUUAUACAGAUGCAGACAAAUAGGACCAUAGGACCUGGAGUCCAAAUAAUAUUAAUCUGACAAGUAAUGACGUUACUUAAUACUUCGUGACAAACUUUAUAAAUGUGACAUCACAUUAAAUUAUUUUCUACAUAUUCUUCAUAUGAAUUAUGUUUACUUUAUAUUUAAACAUUCCAUUAACGUAUAAAAUGUUUUUAGCAUAAAAUAAAGAUCGUACCUUAAA